GCGAGCGAGAGAUAGAUCCCAUUUUCCCUCUCUUUCCGAUUUUCUCCCUCUAAAAAUCUCACUCUCUCUAAAAAAAUUCUCUCUCAAUUUUCUUCGCGUUUUCAUGUUUUUAUCUCUAAUCUCCUAAAUUUUCUGAUUAUGAUUUGAAGCUAGUUGUGGAAAUUAUGUACUAAUUGGAUGGAGAUUAACUUAUAUUUAAUUAAUUAUUGAUUGAAUUAAAAUGAAAAUUUUAGCAUUUUAGGUAUAUCUGUCUGUUUGUUAUUGUAAAGAAAGAUUAGGAUAGUGUGGAGGUGGUGAAGUAUGGGAAAAGUGUCCACGAAAGAUAGGGACUCGAAAAUUCAUAAGCAGAAAAGGCGGUUACGUAGCUCUAGUAGUAAGUAUUUGAAACCAGGAGCACUUGCCCAGCUUAGGUAUAGUAAGACUUCUUCUGCUACAAAGUCGUGUACUGAUCUUGGGAAGAAAAGAGUUGCCUUGUGUACAUCUAAGAAGGGUGAUGUAGAUGAUGUUGUGAUUGAAAACAAUAAUGUUAUCGAUAAGAGUCCUUUGAUGUUAUCACCGGUUGAUUUGCGUAAACAGGGUUAUUUGGUAAGGACACCAAAGACACCGAGGAACGAAGAAUAUGACUCGGAGUCUAGACUUGAAUCUCUUCCCAUGGAUUUACUGGUCAAAAUACUUUGUCACCUACAUCAUGACCAACUCAGGGCAGUUUUCCAUGUAUCACAGAGGAUAAGAGGAGCGCAGGUUGUGCUUGCUAGGCAAUUUUAUUUCAAUUACACAACACCGGAUCGCUCCCGACAGGAGAUGUUAAGAGUGAUGACACCAUGUCCUGUAGAACGUUGGCCUUUCAUGAGCAAGGGGGAUGGAAAGGGUGGUUUGAUGCCAAGCCCACAUACUCCAAAAGCGCCAAGGCAUGGUCCCCGGCCACCCUCUCGGAUCAAAGUUGCUGAGAUGAAGCAAAUUGCUGCUGUUCUCUUCCAAGACUCAGCAUUUCCUCCGAGAUACAUUGUACCUUCUGCUUUGCCUAAGCCCUUGUGCAAAUCCUUGGCCUCUAAUCGUGCUUUAUUCUACGAGGAGGAGCUGUGCCAAGCAGUUGCCCAAAAUAAGCUUCGCUGAUUGGUAUACCAUUGCCUCGUGUUAUCUUACUGUAUAUAGUUUGUUUUCUAUUCCUAUAGGUAGUAGUGAGGAAAAGAAGUCUGCAAUUUUGUAGUAUUUUGCUGGGUUAAUAUAUUGAGGAGAUUUGCAUAAGGAGUUAGAAAAUUAAAUAAGAUAUCUGCAAUUUCUUACUUGUAUAUGUUUACAUACUGAAAUAAUGUGAGUUUCAGAGUGUCUUUGUAUCCUUUUGAUAUGGAAAUAGAUUUGUGUGCAUCAGAUUUUUAA